AUGAUAGUCGUCGAGCGGAAUAGGGCAGACGUUCUUGACGAAACCUCCUUUGGUGUUCAUGGUCUAUUGACAUGCCUGGAAAAUAUGUUCUACAGUGCACUCAGAGAUGACUUUAAGUUCCGGAAAGAUUGGAAACUGUGGCGUUGGAUUGCUCAUAGUUGUGAGAAUAUGCCUCAAAGCUGUGUUGGCUUAGUCAAUUCGCUGGAUAAUCUCCAGAAUGGUCUUGCAAAGGUGUUUAAAAAUUUACUUCGAAACCUUGCUUAUCUGGAUUUGUUUGUUCAUAGGUUGUUUAUAUUUACCGUCUUUCGAUGUUAUUAUGAUCGUUCUCAGCUCCGUGCCUUUCUGCGACUUGCUCUGCAAUCUAAGCGUCUUCACGUAUAUCUUGAUGUUUUGUUCAAUUCUGCGGAAUUCAUAAGUUUCGAUAUGAGGGCUGACGAGCUGAAUUCCCCAUGCAUCGGUCAAAUAGAUUACGCUUUCCUACUCAACUCAACGAACAACGCUCUGUUGCAUGAGGAGUAUACUCAACAGCUACGACGGCUGGGUUUUGACGAUAAAUUGUUUCCAACUUGCUUGGUCUCUCGAUGUCACGAUAUUUCAAGGCCUCUUCACCGGUGGCAGUCACCUGUUGAUUGGUCUGCGAUAGAAGCGACAGAAGACCUGAACGUCAUGUUUGCAGCUGAAACACACCCUCAGGCCUCCCCUCCUUUCUCUCCCUCCUCCCUUUUUCCUUUCUCUCAAAAAGGUCGCAGAUUAAUGACCCCAACGCCUCAGUUUGCGGAUGGAGGCUCAUGUGUACCUGGGCCCAAGUGCACGGACAUGACUGCCAUUGAGGCGACAGAAGAUGUUGACGUAGUUGACCUUCUCUACGAGUCCGGUGUCGCGGGUGGUACUUCUUUGGGGAUGAGGCCUCUGCUACGGGUCGAAUUCCCACGAUCACAGAGCUACCAGUUUGCAAUAGGUGAGCAAGAAACGUCAAAAUGUUGCGAAGUGUACCGCCUUCCAAAUGCAAAUGAUGCCGACUUGCCUUCUGGAGACGUAUCGCCUCUCGAUUUCUCUCGGCUGUUUGUCACCGUGAGGCCCAGCAAUACCAACUAUCGCGCUCGCUUCUCAGUACCCAAGACGGUGGUCGGGGGGUCGUUGCGGCAAUUGCCACCGCAGUUGGAUCUGCUUUCUGAGCUACAGCAAACGGACAGUAGUUUUCCUCUCACAGGUCUCUCCUUGCUGGCAUCGGGAGAUGGUGGGGGAGGAGGUGACGAGACAGAAGGCGCCUGUUCCACUUCUGACCAGGUCUCCGAUAUUGUAAAUGAGGUGGCGUCGGAGGAGGAGACCGCCUUUGGCUCCUCAGCAAGCGGUGGCGAAUGCGCCGGAUGCCCCACGACUACGAGCUCCAGUAGAAACACGGUCCUCACCAGCACUUCAACAAUUCGGCCCACCAAUUCUCUUGGUUCAUCCCCGAGCAUUCACGAGGCUAUAACUGAACAAAUGCUGUACGCCCGCGCUCUUGUAGAUUCCGCAGUAGAGCUUCCAAGGGAAGCGUUUCGUCGAUCUACUUCAGAUUUGCCCGCUACAACGACAACUUCGAUGAUAGUUGAAGGUUCCGCGGAUCGUCCCUCGCGCCAUGUUGUUUCUCCACCUUGCUUCACUUCCGCCUCCCCGGUUCCGAAGCUUAAUAGCUGA